AUGGAGCAACAGCUACAUGUUUGGUUUCGCUACGCUUCAGCUCUAGGCAUUCAAACGGGAAGUGCGCACUCGCCGCAAAACCAACAAACCACUGAACUCUACAGUGCGCGCACGAAGCGGAGAAGCGCAUUUUCUCAGACUACUAAAGCGCUCUUCGCUCGUCUCCAACGCGGCUACGGUUAUGCCUUGCUGCUUUGGGUGUUUGCCGUUUAUAUAAAUGGCUUGUAUUGCCGACGACGCAUACCCAGCGCUAUGCUGACCUGGUUGGUAGCGACCAUACUCUUCACCGUACAAGCCAUCACAAAUGUGCUCAUCAUCGCUGAGACGCUGUGGAAGCAGCAAGAACACGAGGCCUUUCUGCUGUUACUUCAGCGCAUUGCGUUCGCCUUCAAGCUCCGGCUGCGACAGCCUAUCGAACAACAGCAAUUUGUGUUGAAUUUGCGGCGCCAUCUAUGCUAUUUGCUGACAAUAUCGUUGAUGGGUCUCUGGCUCUUUUUGUUAACCACAUUCUGGCUGCAAUACAUCGGCUAUUUCUGGUAUGGCUUGUGGUUCAUAAUCACUAUGCGUGUACGCAUCAUACAACUGCUGAUUUAUCUACGCGUGCUGCGGCAUUAUAUGCGCUGUCUCUGCAAGCAACUGUGUCAAAUUGUAGCAUACCACACGGCGCCGAACAGUCAAAUGCUGGAUUACAAUUGUGCGAAAUUGUUAACGCUCGAAUAUUUGCUGGCUGUCAAGGAUAUCUAUGCGCUGCUCUAUGAAGCGUUUCACUUACUAAAUGAGUUCGCCGGCUGGUCGCUAUGCAGCAUUAUAACGUGCUGUAUGUUGGACAUUUCUUGCAAUAUAUACUGGUCUCAAUUGAGUUUGGACGGCAAUGCUAGCCGGCGUUAUUACUAUAUAGCGAGCGUAUGGUGGCUUUGUCCCAUGAUUGCGAUAGUUUGGCAUAUCUGUCAGUUGAGUGAUGCCUGCAAGCAGUUGGAUCGCUUAAUAGCAAAUUUUUUAAGCAAAAUAAUUAUAAACAGUUCUUUGCGAUCAUUGCGCAGUUAUCGCCUAUGCUUGCAACAGUUUACCAUGCAACUGCAACUGCUACCUAUAAAGGUGUCCGCGAAGGGGUUUUUCAUUUUAGAUAUGCCGUUACUCAUGUCGAUUUUCAUUGCGAUAUCUGCCUAUCUGGUGAUAUUAAGACAAUUUGUGAACUUCUGA